GAGCACUUGACACGAAUUUCCAUGAAAUUUCUCCUCGGAGUCACCUGAAAGGUUACCGAGCUUUAGAGCUUUUUAUUCGUCUCUUUUAAGCGAUGUAGGGCAAAGAUUCGUGUUGAAGACUCUUCAGAUGUGUAAGCUGAAUAAGUCAGCCUUUCUAGCUCUCCAGAAUCAUGGACUGGUUGAUGGGGAAGGGAAAGAAAAAACCUGUUGAGCCAGAAAUAAAAGAAAAUAAACCAUACUUGGAGGAGCAGUACAUCAACAGUUUCAUCAGAGAAAUUUCAGAAAUCAAAGAACUUGUGCCUCUACCUCCAAGCAUUGACCUUAAUGAGUGGAUUGCCACAAACACCUCAGCAUUUUUCAACCAAGUUGACUUGUUGUAUGGCAGUGUAAGUGAGAGGUGUACUGUUGCUUCUUGUCCUACGAUGUCAGCUCCAGGCUCUGCAGUUUAUUUGUGGCAUGAUGACAAGGGAAAGAAAAUCACAAAAACAAAUGUUUCAGCACCGCAAUAUAUUGAUUAUGUUAUGACUUGUUGUCACAAGUAUCUUCAUGAUGACGCAGUGUUUCCGACAAAAUAUGGUAUGACAUUUCCACCAACCUUUAUGACAACAGUGCGCAAAAUUUUCAAGCUUCUUUUUCAUGUGCAGGCUCACAUGUUCUAUGCGCACUUCAAUGACUUGUUAAACCAUGGACUGAAUUCACAUUUGAAUACGGUCUUAAUUCACUUUGUCUUAUACCAUCAAGAAUUUAACUUGUUGGACCCCAAGGAAACAGUGCCCUUGGACGACCUUCUACAAGCAAUGGGCGUAAUUCAUCAAAGUUAGUUUUAUAAAAUAUCUGGUUUGGGUAUACAUGUAUUUUUAGAUAAAUUUGUGUGUACUGAGUAUAUUUUCAAUAUUGGUGUUCAUAUUUGUGAAGAUCCGAGAUGUUUACAGUAUGUAUACAACAUGAAAAAAUGACUCCAAUUUUAAAUUUAAUUUAAAGCAUAUUUUAGUGCUAGUAUAUUUUAAAUAUGGUUGGUUAUUUUGAUGUUUCAUGGCUUUACAUUACAGUUUGGUGUAGUUUAAGAGCGAAAUAUUUAUAAUUACUGUACAAACUUGGAUUCUUAAGAAUACAAGUUUACAGUUUACAGUGGGGCCCAAUUGUUCAUAGUCCAUGUUUUAAAUUAUUCAUCACAUUCCAUAAUGCAUUACAUUUAGGCCUAGAUGAUAAACCUUUGUUUAUUAAACUUUUUGUCUUAAAAUUCAAGUGCUUUGUUGUUAAAAAUGGGACUAAACUAAUCUAGGACUAGUGUUA